UCCCCCGACAAUUGAUCAAUUCAUUUCUCUAAUUUCUUUUUCUUUCCAAAAGAGCCAAAAAUCAUGAUAUAAAUUAUAACACUCCCACUAUAAGAUCUCCAUAUAUAUAUAUGGAUAUACACAAGCCCUAAUACGUAAACACUUAAUUGAGGAAUAUAUCUGAAAUGCCUUUUUCCGUGGAAUGUCAUAGCUUACGUGGCAACAGUCACGGAGGAGGAGGAGGAGGAGGAGGGACGGGGACAAAGUGUGGGAGGUGGAAUCCGACGGUGGAGCAGUUGAAGGUACUGACGGAUCUGUUUCGAGCCGGUCUUAGAACUCCGACCACUGAUCAGAUUCAAAAGAUCUCGACGGAGCUCAGUUUCUACGGCAAGAUCGAGAGCAAGAACGUUUUCUAUUGGUUCCAAAAUCAUAAGGCUAGAGAGAGGCAGAAACGCCGUAAAAUCUCCACUGGUUUUGAUCAUCGACAUCAAGAAAAUGACCAUAUCUCUCAUCAUCAUCAUCAUCAUCAUCGUCAAUCCUCAACUAGAGAUGUUUUUGAAAUAAACGAAGAAGAGGAAGAUAAUGUAGUAGAGACAUUACAACUCUUUCCGGUGAAUUCGUUCGAAGACUCCAAGGUGGAGAAAAUGAGAAGCAGAGGCAAUAACCAUCAGUACCGUGACUACAUUCGAGAGACCAACACGACGACGUUUUCUUUGUAUUCAUCAUGUGGAGCUGAGAUGGAACAUCCAUCGCCGUUGGAUCUUCGAUUAAGCUUUCUUUAAAUUAGUGACAACCUUAAAUAUUUGUCUUAAUGUAUUUUGAGUUAUGACUCAAAGUAUCCAACGCAUGAAUUAUGACAUAGAGACUGAUACAAGUCCAAGCUGGUUCAGUUAAUUACUUUUUUAAUAGUUUAAAACAAUUUAAUAAUUUAUAUUAUAUAAGUUUUUACAUAA